ACACGAUUGGCCCUGCGCAUUCGUCUUUGAGAAUUACAGAAAGUCCAACUUGAAUUCCUCUGGGCUUCUAGUCUGCAUCUAAUCUCGCUUUUAUUCGUUGCUCUCUUUUGUCCAUAGUCUUGGAGACAAAAAUGCCGGGUAAAACCAUCAUUGUCACCGGCGCCUCGAGAGGCAUCGGACUCGCCAUUGCAAAGUACCUUCUUACCGCUCCACAAUCGCACAAUGUCGUCGUGAUCGCUCGCAGCAUCGAACCUCUCCAGAAGCUCAAGGAACAGUACGACAAGCAGGUCGAGGUGCUCAACGGCGAUUUGGCAGAUUUCACUCUCGGCCAGAAGGCAGUCGACCUGGCUAUCAAGUCGUUUGGUCGUCUUGAUGGGUUGGUCCUCAACCAUGGAAUCCUCGGACAAGUCGGCAAAAUCGACAAGGCAGACCCAGAACAGUGGAAGCUCGGAUUUGACGUGAAUUUUAUCAGCUUCGUCGCAUUUAUCAAAGCUGGUCUACCAGCGCUUCGCGAGGCCAAGGGAAAGAUUAUCUUCACCUCCUCUGGAGCUUCGGUGUCCGCCUACCGAGGCUGGGCUCUUUAUGGAGCAACCAAAGCUGCGAUGAAUCAUCUCGCCUUGUCUUUGGGCGAAGAAGAACCCGACGUUACCACCGUCUCGAUCCGGCCGGGGAUGGUUGACACUGAGAUGCAGCGCGAAUUGAGAGAAGACCAUGCUACGAAUCUUGAGCCCCAAAUGCAUUCCAAAUUUACAACUGCGCACAAGGAUGGAAAGCUACUCAAGCCCGAGCAGCCCGGCCAUGUGAUGGCUAAGUUGGUCCUUGACGCUCCAUCUUCACUCAGCGGAAAAUUUUUCUCAUGGAAUGACGAAGCUCUGAAGGACUUCCAAACAUAGAUAUUCAUCUACCAUUGAGGCCUAUAUAUAUGACCGUCAGUACACGUCGGAGCCAACGAGCAGAUAGAAAUAAACGGCAUGAUAUUGUAAUUAUAAUCAGUCGAAAGAUGAAAAGCA